UCAACUCGUAGCAGAAUGAAGUACAAAUCAAAGAAGUCCGGCAAGAAAGGAAAAAAGCAAAACACCGGCUGCGUUACGGCGGUUCCGGUGAUUGCAGCAGCGGAUGUGAGCGAAGACGAGAGCGCUAUCAACGGUGGCAGCGAUGGGUACGAGGAAGAACAUCCGAGCGAAAAUCCAGUUGAAAAAAUGCUCCACGAGGAUCCCGCUUUUGAGGAGAUGAGGAGUGCCAAGCAGCUCUUAAUUGAUGCCGAAGCCAGGUGCAAGCGAAUGGCCAAUUUGAUCAGUGUGGCCGUUGAGGAGCUGGCAUCAGUUAACAGGGGUGUAGAGAAAGCGUGUGGCACAUUUAUGGAAUGUAUGACCAAAAUGGUAUUGGCGAAAAAGGAACAAGAAGAGCAGGAGCAGCAAAAACUGGAACAGCUAAAAGAGCAGGAAGUACAACUGAAACAGCUGCAGGAGCAGCUACUACAGCAGGAGCGACAAAAGCAGAAACAGCUAAAAGAGCAGGAAGUACAACUAAAACAGCUGCAGGAGCAGCUACUACAGCAGGAGCGACAAAAGCAGAAACAGCUAAAAGAGCAGGACAUACAACUAAAACAGCUGCAGGAGCAGCAAAAGCAGCAAAAACUGGAACAGCUAAAAGAGCAGGACAUACAACUAAAACAGCUGCAGGAGCUACAGCAGGAGCGGCAAAGGCAGAAACAGCUAAGUGAGCAGAUGAAACAACUGAAACAGCAGCAGGAGCAGCUACAACAGCGGAAAGAGCAAAAUCAGAAACAGCCAAUAGAGCAGGAGAAAGAACUAAAACAACAUCAGGAACAAAAUAAGAAACAACAACACCAGCAGGAGCAGCUACAACACCAGAAGGAGCAAAAUCAGAAACAGCCAAUUGAGCAGGAGAAUCCACUAAAAAAGCUGCUAGAGCCGCUACUACAGCACGAGCAACGGAAACUGCAACUGCAGCAGCAACAACAGGAGAAACAGCAAUCGAAGGAAUCGGAUUCAAUUCCAACUGCCGAUAGCACGCAGACGGCUAAGAAAAUUGCCGCAUCAAUGAUAAGAGCAAAGAAUAUGGUCAGGAUAAAAAUGUCUUCCAUCGACUGCCUAGCUACGGGAGCUGAUAUCGUUGCAGCGAUUGAGGAACGAAUUGGUAUAACCAUACCUCCCCCUCCUGUGCAACUCCAUAAGAAUGGAUGGGGGACCGCUGUGUUCUCCGUACCGCGAGCUAAAGGGGAUGAGCUGGUGAGCAAGGGAAGGCUAGUGGUUUUAGACAUACCGAGCAAGUUGAAGAUCGUAGAUCCACUACCGAAGGAACUACUGCGAUGCAGUCGUUGUCUCGAGCGGGGACAUAUCGCGAAGAAAUGUGAGGGUGUGGACCGAUCAAACUUGUGCCUCCAGUGUGCCCAACCGGGCCAUUCCAGUGCAACGUGCAAGGAGUUUCCGAAAUGCAUCCUCUGUGGCAACGAACAUCGAAUGGGCGCCAGAACGUGCUCGUUUUCAGUUCGCGCUAGCUAAAGGCUCGACCGCGACCGACCCUUCCUUCCUAUUUCAACAGAUCGAUCCGGUGUGCUUUUGAUGGUCGUUUCUCCCAGGUGUUGGUUUGAAAAGAAUACACCAAUAAAUGAC